UUUUAAGAAUAAAAAAAAACUUAAACCCUACCAAACCUCGGGAUCUCGCCGGAAGCCGCGCCGCCAUGCCACCGAAGAGCAAGAAGAAGCAGCCCGCGGCGUCCCCGCAGCCGUCCCCCCGCACCCCCGCUUCCCGCGGCCGCGGAGAAACCCCCGACCUCCCGUCCGUCGCCGCGGCGGCGGCGGCGCGGUACCCGGGGCUCGUGCCCCGCGGCGGCGAAGGCUGCUUCGCCGGCGCUGUCUCGGAUGUGGCACCGAGGGGCGGGAGCCGCGGCGGCGGCGGCGGGGCGAGGCUCUGGCUCUCCGAGCCCGCCAUGGUCGGCGCCGGGCUGCGGCCUGGGUGCCUAGUCUCUGUAUCACUGAUUUCAUCGAAUGGUGGUCAAUCAGAUGGCUCACCACUUGAUAGUUUAUUUGAGGAGACCAACAAGUUCUUUGACCUUGAUGUGGAUAAUGAUCUCAUGUCUAAAGAACCUGGUCGAAACUUUGUGGUUGCCACAGUUUUCCCCUCACGUGAGGUCCAGAAGAAUGGUAUCAAGCUCUCUUGGGACCUUGCUUGCUCCCUGGGAUAUCCUUCAGUAGGUUGCUCCUUGUUUAUUAGCCCUCUAUAUACAUCUCAAGCCCCUAAGAAAACCGAUAGUGUUGACACUUUACGGGUGAUAACAUGCAGCAAUCUUUAUCUUAGUUUUGUCCCAGCUAAAGUUGGAUCUUCCAGUGAGAUUAAUUCCGAGUCUGCAACCCAUCCUAUAAGGAAUGGAAUGAUUAUAGAAACACCUAAGAAAAAUUCUUCAGUUCCGUCAGGCAGGAAUGAGUCCUAUGAUAUUGUAUCCCAUAGCGGUUCUUCGUUGUGUUUGGAUCCAGCUACUGCAAGAUCAUCAUUAGCAGAUGAGAAAAUUAACGAGUUGCUGCAGACUUGUGCAUCACGCUGGCUCAGUGGUAGGCACCUACUGAAAGCGAACUAUAUUCCUCUCUUGAUGUGCGGGAAAUUGUCAAUGUUCAUUGUUAUGGGAGCAGAAGUAGAUGGUUCUGCUCCUGAUGUGUUGCAUGAGGAAGAUAAGUUAACAUCUAGCGAAGAUAUUUUUGGUAAAUUCGGGGAAGCCCCUGUCUCAUUCCUUGUUGACAGAACCACGAAAGUACAUCUUUCUGGUUCAGUCUGCUUAGAGGAGCUUGCCUUUGUUAAGCCAGGCCUACCAGCACAUAAUUCAAUUCGUACUGAUGAAAGAAAUGAAGAUUUCAUCCGUAGUCCCAGACUUGGUGGUUUAUCCAAAGAAUCAAAAGAAAUCAAAGAAAUAAUUUCAUUUUCAAUCAAAGAUCAAAUUGGCUUACAAAGGGUCAAAGAUAACCUCUGGUACAGAGGUGUCCUUCUUUCUGGUCCACCUGGAACAGGAAAAACCUCUCUUGCUACUUCAUGUGCCUAUGAUGCAGGAGUCAAUCUUUUCACAAUCAACGGGCCAGAGAUCAUUAGUCAGUAUUAUGGUGAAAGUGAGCAGGCACUGUAUGAUGUUUUCAGCUCAGCUAAGCAAGCUGCCCCUGCUGUGAUAUUUAUUGAUGAAUUGGAUGCAAUUGCUCCAGAAAGGAAGGAUGGGAGUGAGGAAUUAUCUAUUAGAAUUGUUGCCACUCUGUUAAAACUGAUUGAUGAUAUGAAGCAUAGUGAUCGUGUUCUCGUGAUUGCUGCAACAAAUCGUCUUGAUAGCAUUGAUCCAGCAUUGAAACGCCCAGAAAGGUUGAACCGAAAAAUUGAGAUAGGAGUACCAUCUCCGGGACAAAGGCUGGACAUACUUCAGAACCUUCUAGUUGGAGUUCAGCAUUCUCUCACUUGUGGGCAACUUGAAUCCCUUGCUUCAGCUACUCAUGGUUUUGUUGGUGCUGAUCUUGCUGCACUCUGCAAUGAGGCUGCAUUAAGUGCUCUUCGCCGUUAUAUCAGGCUAAAAAAAGGUUCUGCUCAACAACUUGUGUAUUAUGAUAAUAAUGCAGAAAACUAUGAUAUUAGAGAGAUUAAUGAUCCUUUGGGGUAUCAAGUAAGCUCAAUAUCAUCAUCACUUUCAAAGUUAACAAUGUCGGUGGACGAUGUCCUGUGCACCAGGAGGGGCGAUAACACAGAAAAUAAUGGAUCUAAUGAUAAGAAAGAUGAGAUGCUGUUGUUAGUGACCGUUGAGGACUUUGAGAAGGCUAAAAUUAAAGUGAGGCCUAGUGCAAUGCGUGAGGUAUUGCUUGAACUUCCAAAGAUACGAUGGGAAGAUGUUGGUGGCCAAGCAAGAAUCAAGGAGCAGUUAAUAGAAGCCAUCGAAUUGCCUCAGAAAAAUCCGGAAGCAUUCAAAAAUAUGGGGGUCAGCCCACCUAGGGGAUUGCUAAUGAUUGGACCACCUGGUUGCAGUAAGACUUUGAUGGCCCGUGCUGUAGCUUCUGAAGCAAAACUAAACUUCCUUGCAGUGAAGGGUCCUGAACUUUUCAGCAAAUGGGUUGGUGACUCUGAAAAGGCAGUGAGAUCACUAUUUGCAAAAGCCAGAGAUAAUGCACCAGCAAUAUUAUUUUUUGAUGAAAUAGAUGGGCUAGCGGUAACUCGAGGCCAUGAAAAUGAUACUGUAUCAGUUGGUGACAGGGUUCUAAGUCAGUUGCUAGUGGAAAUGGAUGGUUUGGAGCAAAGAAUCGGUGUUACUGUUAUUGCAGCUACAAAUCGCCCUGAUAAAAUUGAUCGUGCACUUCUGAGACCAGGACGUUUCGAUAGGCUGCUUGAUGUGCAACCACCAGAUGAGGCUGAUCGUGAGGAUAUUUUUCGGAUCCAUACACGCAACAUGCCAUGUAGUCAUGACGUCAACCUAAAUGAGCUUGCUAGACUUACAGAAGGCUACACUGGUGCUGACAUAAAGCUUGUCUGCAGGGAAGCCGCUAUUGCUGCCCUUGAUGAGAACAUUGAUAUCCCAGAAGUAGAAUUUAGACAUUUCAAGUUUUCAAUUAACAGAAUAAAGCCAUCCGAUGUUAAAUUUUACCAAGACCUAGCGGCCCAGUACAGCAGAUUUGUCGAUCCUACAUCGCAGAGCAAACAAUGAUACUUGGUAGUGGGCAACUGGGCACAUAGUGAACCUGCCACUUUGUAGUCCUUAGAUUUUUGUGUAAAUAGAGAAGCUAGCCUUUGUUUGUUAUAUGUAGGAAACUAGGCAACGUUUCUCAUCAUUUCAUAUCAUACAUGUUAUUUGUAGUAGCAUUUUUACUCCUGAGAAACUUGACCAGUGCUAGUGUUUUCCUUUCCCUUUCCCUUUCCCUUUCCCUUUCCUAGUUGUCAAAUAGCAUUCUUGUUCAGCAUUUUGUGUAGCUGGAAAAUUUCUUAGAGGAAGCUACAUCUGUAACUCCAUGUAAUUCAUUUAUGUAACACCUAUUCUUCAAGGAGCAAGAAAGUAAAAAAAGAAAGGAAUGCUGUCUGCAUAGUAAUUUUGUGUGGCAGGAUUCUUGAGAAAAUUCUUCAUUCCGAUUGUA